AUGUCCACGAGAUCGUUGCGGCACAGAUCGAGCCGCCUGUCGAGUCCUGCUACGUUUGGAGAAAAGGAGUCUGGUCCCAAGCCCGUCGAGGCUCCCCCGGCGAGAAAUGGCCAACAGUCAAAUCUGGAUGCAUGGAUUGAGCCCGCUGUGCGGCCUGCGGUGCCGAGUUUCGAAGAUACAAAAGGUCUGGAGAGAGCGGGUGUGUUAGAGAACAUGCAGCCUUUGGGGGUGGCGCCGUCGCAACGACUGCUGCACAAGUUCAAGUUGAACUACGCGCGACCUUCACCGCGGGCUACGAGUACGCCUGCGCAAGCGGAAGAAGUGGUGACGCCGGGCGUCGAGCCCGAACCUGAGCCUGAGCGGGAACCUGAAAAGAUCGAUUUGGCCUCGUCCAUGGAAUCCGAGAUGCCGUCUGAUCAUCCGGCUGAGCCGCGUCAGGGUCCUCAAGCAGAAGCCAUGAUGAUUUCCAGUCCUCCGCGUGGCCGUCCUCCUCGACGAGAGGUUGUCGAGAUGUCGCAGGCAGCGAAUGUGUCACCGUCGCCGGCCAAGUCGUCGGGUACGCCGUCAAGCCAGGUGCCCUCCAAACCGGCAUCGAUCCAGGCCCAUCUACGGCAGGAUCGACUUCGAAAUCACAUUGAUCACGCGGUGCAGGAGGCAAUUCAGAAGGGGACGCCGGAUUUGGUGCCCGGCUUGCAGCGGUUUCGCGAUGAUGCGCGCGUCAUGCCCGAGUUGUGGAAUGUUUUAGAGGCUGUUCUUCAACCUUCACCUACACCUGAACAAUUUCGCACUUUUAAACACUACAUCAAAAACGGACUUAAGGAUUAUCGCAGAUCGAGCCAAUUCUCAGCCAGCCCUUACCAAUCUUCUCCUCAUCACUUGCAUGAUCCUACUUCCCACAACCACCACCUUUCUUCGUAUUCAUCAAACAUGGAUCCAACCGAAUCGCCCGGCCGGCGCCGUGGCCAUAUCUCUCUCUUCAUCAACGGUUCCUCAAUUCGAGGCUCCAAUCGAUCUGCUCAAAUGCCAAAUUCGCCCUCGCACGCGUCGCGCCCUGCGGCGGUCAUGGAUUCAACUGAGCGGCCAUCUGAGCAACCCCCAACGUCGUCACCCAACAAGCGCAAGCGUUCACGCAGCGUGUCAACUUCAUCGUCGCUCUCAUCUGCCAAAUCGCUGCCUCCACCCGACGAUUUCGGCGCUGCGGACGACCGCGAGCAGCCAAGUGAAGGUCGAGCACCAGGCAGUGCGCGCGUGCGUGCGACCGGACAGCGCCAAGCCUCAAGUCGAGCGGCGGCUGGGAACCGAUUGCGUUCAGCUGCCAGCGCCACGGACCCUCCGUCUACUACUGUCACGCCGGUAAACGCGCCUACAUCCAAGGUGGCCUCAGCUGCGACGAAGAAAUUGAAGAGAGCCCGCGAGCCCGAUUCGGAAUUCGACAUUGACGAGCUUGCCAAGCGGAAGAAGACAUUUCUUGAUGAUAGUUUUCAUGAUUACAACACCAUCCCUCGGCCAGAGAGCAAUGAGCGUGAGCCCGUUCUUGAUCACCCGCCUCGACCAGACCUUUCUGAGAUCCCGCCCAAGCCGGUCGUCCAUCCCAAUCGUCUGUUGGUCUCUCAAGACACCGCACCAUCGUCGCCGGUGAGCGCUCAGGCUCCUCCGGAACCGGGCAUGGCCAACGGAACGAACCGCAAGAGAAGACGCGAAGCAGUCGAUGAUUCCGAUGAAGUUGAUGCUACCACUCCAGAACCGUCUUCACCUCCGCCAUUGCGUUUCCCAUCAGCGACUGCGCGUGCGACGAGCGCUACAUCACGAGCAACGACUCCCAGAACAACAAGACUGCCACCUACGUCGAAAGCCCGUCGGUCUGCACGUGUUAUGGUCUCGCCCAACAAGCCCAAAAAUGGCGGCAUUACGGCGGGAAUUUCACGUGGGGCUCCUGGGCGCGAAUCCACGAUCGCCAACGGAGGGAAUUCAAGCGCAGAAGACAACGACGAAUUUUGUGCAUCAUGCGGCGGCGAAGGAAAGCUGCUCUGUUGUGAUGGGUGUACCAACUCUUUCCAUCAUGCAUGCUUGGAGCCACCCUUGAACCCCGAAGAAGAGGUCGAAGGCGAAUGGUUUUGUCCGCGAUGUGUUGCCCGACGCUCGAAACAGGCUCCCCAACCUACAGGUCUUCUAGGGCCGGCCAUCCGCCGGGUUGAGGACAUCAUCCCCAAGGCAUUCGCUCUUCCCGUGGAUAUCCGCGAAUAUUUCGAAGGAGUUCGUACGGGCGAUGAAGGCGAGUAUGAAGAAGUCGGACUCCCCCGGACUCAAAACAACACGGUCAAGAUGAACCGAGCGGGUUUCAUCGAAGAGCCAAACUACAAAGAAAUCCGCGACAGCAAAGGCAAGCUGAUCACUUGUUUCAAAUGUGGCCACGCCGCCGAUGGUCGGGACAUUAUUCCUUGUGACUACUGUCCUGCCCGAUGGCAUCUGGACUGCGUCGACCCGCCUCUGGCCGUGCCGCCACGACGACGGGCUGGCGACAAACCAGGUGCGACAUGGCGCUGUCCGCUUCACGUGGAACACGACUUGGCGGCCGUCGCUCGUCAAGCAGAAGUGGCUCCCGGAGAGCUAGGUCGGGUGCCAACAUUACGCAAACCCAAGAAUGCGGUCCCCGUCGAUGCUCCCUUGCGUCGAGGAUUCCGCAACAAUGGCAUCAUUGAAGUCGAACUCGACGAGGAUGAACCUGUUCUGGACCGGACCAAAGAGGUGGACAUGAUGGGCAAGAUUUAUCGGCUUCCCGAGAAGGGUAUUCGGUUGGAUUUCAUCGAUCGAGUCAAGCGGAGCUGGUACGAAGAUCAACAAUUCCCCCAAGUCUUACAUGCUCCCAAGCGCAUCCGCACCAACAAAUACCGGCCCGAUGGGGCAGUACUGCAUCAUCCACCUGAGGAGACGAUCGUCAAGGAGGUGGUUCGAGAACCCGAUUUCUUUACGGGAGCCACUGCCCUUGCGAUUGCAGAGACGGCAAAGGCUAAUGCGGCGCUUCGCCGUCGUUCCAUCAGAGAACAGCAGGCGGUUUUGCAUCUGGUCGAGAUGUCCCAACAGCAGCAGCCUGCAUCUGCAGGUGAUGACAAUGGUGAUGUUGGUGCUGGCGGUGAUCUCCCUUUUGCUUCGGGAGACGCCCUGGCCGACUUGACAAACCAGCUUGUCAGUGAAGCUCCUCAGGAAGUGGUUGACUCUAUGCAAGACACGGAACUCGAUCAGCUGUUGAUGUUGCAGCAGUUGAUUAGCAAGAGAUUGGCUGUUUUGGGCCGUGGCACUGGAUCGAAAUCGAGUGCGGCGACUCAGCAGCAGCAGCUGAAUGGUGAUGACACCGGUGCUACUGGUACGAGUGGUUCUUCUGCCAGUGGUCAGGAUCAAGAUCAAGUCGAGUCUUCCCUUACCAACUCGAACAGCACCGGAACCAAAUCCAAGGCCAAGAUGAUCAAUGGGGAUAAGGACAAUACCGACACUGCGGAAACUGCUCCAAUCUCCUCGAGGGUAUAUGAUCAGCAGAAGCAGUACCCUUAUGAGGAUUACAGCGUUCAAGGUGUCAAUGGCAACGGCGAUGGCAGUGGCAGUGGCAGUGACAGAAGUGAUGACGACGAGGUCGAGGUUGUUGAUGAGAACACCAUCACUUGA